ACGGCAAGCUGACUGUGUGGGGGAGAGAGUGAGACACAGUAAUAAGAGAGAGACAGAGACAUAGACAGAGAGAGCGAGUGAAAUUGUGAAAUAGAGGGGGAGCUGACAGAAUAAUGUGGGAAACUAUACACUGAGGAACUACCAAAACCUGAAGAAGACUUUUAUGACAACGUUUAUGGGAGACCAGGACAGGGACCACAACCUGUGGAGACCAUGGGCAGCCCCACCCCCCCUGUGCCUUCCCUCAACGUCACCGAGUCAGCCAACACAUCAUGGGCCGGGGUGGCUGGCGGCGAGCCCGGUUACAGCGAGGUGGAAAUGGUCCUCCUAGGCAUGUUGAUGUCACUGCUGGUCGUAGGCAUCGUGUUCGGCAACAUCCUGGUCAUCAUAGCCAUCUACCGGUUCCAGAGACUGCAGAACAUCACCAACUGCUUCAUCACCUCUCUGGCCUGUGCCGACCUCGUCAUGGGUCUCAUCGUGGUGCCAUUCGGCGCCUGCUACAUCAUCUUCAACACCUGGCACUUUGGCAGCUUCUGGUGUGAGUUCUGGACCGCCACUGACGUGUUGUGUGUGACGGCCAGCAUCGAGACGCUCUGCGUGAUAGCGCUAGACCGUUACCUGGCCAUAACCUCUCCAUUCCGCUACCAGUCUCUGCUGACCAAGUGUAAGGCGCGUGUGGUGGUCCUGCUGGUGUGGGUGAUCGCUGGACUCAUCUCCUUCUUACCCAUCCACAUGAAGUGGUGGAUCAGUGACGACGCGGAGGCGAAGGCCUGCAUCCAGAACAGCAACUGCUGUGACUUCAACACCAACACAGCCUACGCCAUCACCUCCUCCAUCAUCUCCUUCUACAUCCCCUUAGUCGUCAUGGUGUUUGUUUACAGCCGCGUGUUCCAGGAGGCCAAGCAGCAACUACGUAAGAUCGACCGCAGCGAGGGGCGCUUCCACGUCCAUAACAACAACGUGGCAGGAGGAGGAGGGGUGGAGAGUAACAACGAGAGCCGAGGAGUUGGAGGAGGAUUCAGGAAGACCAAGUUCUGCCUGCGGGAACACAAGGCCCUGAAGACCCUCGGGAUCAUCAUGGGGAUCUUCACGCUGUGCUGGCUACCCUUCUUCGUCCUCAACGUGGUGGUAGCCAUCUGGAAGGUAGGGGACAUCGGACUUGCCUUCAGGAUACUCAACUGGAUAGGUUACGCCAACUCUGCAUUCAACCCCUUGAUCUACUGCAGGAGCCCUGAGUUCAGAUACGCAUUCAAGGAGAUCCUGUGCAUCAAGAAGGUCCGGUUCCCCAACAUAGGGCCUACUAAUGGAUACAUGUACAGUGGGCACAGCUGGCAGAGUGAGCAGCAGGGAGGGAGGAGUAAAGGGAGCUCGGAGGACAGGGAGGACAGUGACCCAGCUGCAGACGGGUGUUCGGGGAGGGGAGAGGCGGGUGGGUGUGGAGCUGCAGACAGAACGGACCCGAACGGGAACUGCAGUAAAGGGUUAACGACUGUACUUUAACCCCUCACAUUUGAUCUUUGGAACAGACAGACAUAUUUCACUGCCAUCGGCCAUUGUCACUUCACCAAGUCACUGAGAUAAGACUGGAUGGAUGGAUAGAGGGUGAAUGGUGAGUGGAUAACAUGAGUGGGACUUGUUAGAUUCAGGUCAGGAGAGGAAUUUGGUUCUGUUUUUACCAGUAGGUUUGAUAAGUACAUCACUAUGUUUUGAUAUGUUCAUUUAGAGAGAGAUCAUGUAGAUUGUUCCAUCUACCUCACCGUGUCAAUUGAGAUAUCUUUAUUUUCUUAUCAUGUUUUAUCUAUAUCUGUCACAUUGAUUCACCGAACACAGAAACCAGACUGGCUCAUAACUCCACAAGAUUGUGUGAAAUGUAUGAACACUUGACUGUAAGCCGCUUUUUGAUAAAAGCGUCUGCCGAAUGGCAUAUAUUAUUAAGAAUAGUUAGAGAGAGAGAGAGAGAGAGAGAGAGAGAGAGACCCUUUACUGCUGAGACACACUUGGACCAUGUUCCAUUUGUUUUUCCAUUCACCAUUUUCUUGAGUUUCACACAAGAUGUAAACAUUUUUCAACAUCAGUGGAAUUCAUGCAGAUAAAAACACAGCCAACAUCUUUAGAGGGCAGAGUUCUGUUCUGCUCAUAGUUCCUCUGGCUUCGUCAGAUACGAGAAUGACGCAGGGGAAUGGUGACAGGUGUGGUAGAACCAUCUCUCUCUCCCCUGCCAAAACCUCACUCCUCAAAACCUCCCUUCUCAAACUCUCCCUUCUCAAAACCUCACUGCUCAAAAUCUCCCUUCUCAAAACCUUCCUUCUCAAAACCU